AUCAUGAAAAAAAAAAAAACUAAAUAGAAAAUAAUUAAACAAUACUUUAAUGUGUAAUUCUCAUUAACUUUCAUGUUUUUUUUUCAAUUAUUAAGUAAAAUAAAGAAAAAAAAACAUCCUCCCAAUGCACCUACUAGGUACAAUUUGCUUUUAGAAAAGAUAUUACACUUGAAAAUUAGAGCAAUAUUUCUGGUAGAAGAGUAAAUAAAGCUCCUUUAGCUAUAUAAAGGAGAGAAAAAGAAAAAAAAAACAUUGAUAAAUAAAUAUGUUCCUAGCUGUACUUAGAAUCUAAAACACAAAAAUAAUGAAUGCAGAAUAUGAUAUUUAUUAUUACAAACAAACCUGUCCAGAAUAUUAUAUGCUGUGAUUUCGAUUGGAUAAUAGUCUGAAUUGAUCAAGUCAGAACAAAGACUGAAUAAAUCUUUUUGGUCCAUUUCCUCCAGUUCCAAGUAUUCUAUGCAUUCGCUGAGUGAUUCCAAUACCAAUUCAUGAAUACAACUGUUGCAAUUUUUUGAUAAAUUGAUCCAUAUUUUUAUUAUACAAUCUCGUAAAAUUUUUGUAUCUGAUCUAAAUACACUUAGGUUUUGGUUGCUCUCUUGUACAUGUUUAUAAACCUCUUCAUGGUAGAAUUUCACCAACUUCCCAAAUAAUGAACCAACCAAUGCAGUAAUUACUCCAAUAGGUAAAUAUGUUUUGCAGUCAAAAUCUUCCACACUGGUAAGGGUUAACAUCAAACAUUCUAGACGAUCAAAUAUUAUUUUACUAUAUUUUAAAAUCAUCAAUGCAUCGUCUGUACAGAGAAACACCAAAUUUAAAAACUCAAUGUUACGUAUUGUUUCAAUAGUCUUCUUUUCUUCAGUUAAACACCUACAACAUACACAAAACGUAUUAUCACCAAACAACAGAAAUAUCUAUUUCUUCUCUUCCAACACUCACUCAGCAUCACUGGUGAGCAAUUUAUCAUCAGAGUCUAGCACUUUGCGCAUCUGAGAAAUAGUUUCGCUAUUAGUCGUAUUUCUAAAGUGUAUGUUCCAAACACAUCGUGUAUUGGCCAGUGAAAUAUGAUCAUACUCCAAAUUGCUCAUACCGCAAAAACUCACAAAAAUCUAGAAAAUAUAUACAGAAAUUUUACAAUAAUUCAUUGUUAAUUUGACAUUUGUUUAACAAUGAUUAUAAUUUUUUAGUAGGUACAAAAAAAGAUAUUAUUUGAAUAACAAAACAAACAAUUUUAUUGAUUUACUCAUUUUAAUGAAAAACCCCAUUUUAAAAUAUUGUUUUUGAUUUUAAAUUAUUUAUGAUUUCAAAUAUUGGCUCUGAUAGCGUGUCUGGUAACUUAAUUUUUAAUCUUAGAUUUGUAAUUUACUUUCUUCUUUGGAUCUUUAUUCGUCAAUCGCUUGAUGAAGGCUGUUUUCCAGAUGUUUGGAAAAUUAGUCUAUUACACGCACCUUAAAAGCCGCUAAUCCUACUAAUGUUAAGUACUACAAGCCAAUUUCCAUCCUUUCUCACAUUACCAAAAUGUUUGAGACACUUAUUCUUGAUUCAAUCCAACCGGCAAUUAAUUCCAUUCUUAUGAACAAGCAGCAUGGACUUUGUCUUGGUCGUUUGACCAUUAUAUGUAACCUAACUUUCUGCAACUGUAUAUUUGAUAUAUUAAAAGACAGUGCUCAGGUUGAUAUUAUUUAUACAGAUUUUUCUGAAGCCUUCGAUUUGGUAAACCACACUGUGCUAAUAGAUAUACUACAUUCAUCAGGAAUAGGCGAUCCACUUUUAUCUUGAUUUAGUUCCUUCUUAGAUAAAAGGUCUCAAUGGGUCAAGCUAUUUAAUUCUAAGUCCUAUGUUUUCUACACGGUCUCUGGAAUACCUCAAGGUCAUCUUUCACUUUUACUCCUUUCUCUAUUUAUAAAUAGUGCUCGCACCUUCUUUCAAAGCUCUCUAAAUUUUGUGCUUGGCUGAUGAUAUGAAACUUCAUUCCAGAAUUACGUUGCUUGAUGUCUGUUUAUGGCUCCAGAUCAUCCUUGACAGUUUCUCAUUAUGGAUUAAUACACUUGGUUUAGAGCUUAAUUUAUUUAAAUUCUAUAAAAUGACCUUCACUAGAUGUCAAUUCCCAGUUGUGUUUUCUUAUGUCUUCAUUCUGCUGGUCAAACUGUUCAUGAUCUUGGCUUAACGUUUUCCCCUUCUCUUAAUCCCAAAACGCUUAUCAAUACGAUAACUUGUAAGACCCUUAAGUUGUUAGGAUUCAUUAAAAGAAUUGCUAUUGAAUUAAAGCUUUCUAAUUCGAUCAAGUCACUAUACUGUGUACUUAUCAGACAGAUACUCAAAUAUGGCUCAGUUAGGUUAGGUAGAUUCAUGGACAGCUGCUGAUAGGUCUGCAUUAGAAUGUGUCCAAUGAAACUUUUUAUUGUUAGCAAGCUAUAUGUUAAAUGUCAUCUGCCCUUCCCAUGAUUAUAGUCCUAUCCUCAUUAAGCUCUAUCUUAUAUUCUUAGCAGAUCGUAGAUAUACUCUUAACAUUGUAUUCCUCCAAAGACUUUUAUCUGGUGCCAUGGAUGCUCAUACCUUCCUCCCUUUCAUUAAAUUAAAAAUAGCAGCCUGAAGCACUCGCAAUUAAAACCCAUUUUUCAUAUAUUUGUAUACCGCCAACUAUCUUAGUAAUGAGCCUAUAAGCUGCAUUAUGAAGCUUGCCAAUGUAUAAACCCUCAUUUAAUUUGUAUUUGAAAUGAUUUGAUUUGAUGCAUAAAGCCUUUUUAAUUUGUCUUAAUAUUUUUAUUUUUUCUUACAUUAUUAUUAUAUUGUACUCAAUCAUACUUAUUAUAUUUUACUAAAAUAUUACUAACAUACUUUAUUCAUACAAAAUUGUUCUGCUAAUACCAUUGUUAGCGCAAGCCUGUAUAUAUAUUAUAAAUAAAUAAUUAAUAUUUAAAAGUAUGGACCAGUGUUUUAUUUUAUUUUUCUCUGUUAGAUUUACAGAAACCUGUAUCCUAUGCUUAUUACAAAAAUCAACAAUAAAAUAUGAAACAAACCAUAACAUAAUUUUUUGUUCAAGCAAGUCAAUAGUCAGAUAAUAAAAAUAAUUUCACCUGAAUUAUGUGUAUAAAAUUUGGACUGUCAUUGUAUUUAACACUAAUGGAGUUAUAUAGAGUGAUUAAUUCUUCAUUGGACACUGAUAACAUGUCUAAGGCAAAUUGUAAUGAUUUACUCCAAUAUGGACCAUCAUUAAUUGUUCUGAAAUAAGAAUUUAAUAGAAUACAUAAUUUAUUUUCAAUUUUAUAAACCAUAAAAAUGAACCAAGUACUUACUUUUCAAUUAUUUUAUUUAUGAUGUCAAAAGCAACACUUUGUGAUUGAGAUUGUAAAAGUACUGCAAUAUUAGUUAUAAUGUUCUCCAACACAAUACUGUUGAUUUCACAACAAUAUUUUCUCUAAAUUAUAUGAAAUAAUAAAAUUAGUUAUUAUUAAUACAAAAUAAUAACAUUAGUUUUUUUUAAAAACACUGAAUGUUUUAAGGUUGCGAUGGGAACGCUUAUAUUUCUGAUUACUCUGUAUAUAAUAUAUAUAUAUAUAUAUAUAGGAUGAUUCACUAAUUUUUUUGGUUAAAUUUUGCAUGUAUUGAAAUUCUAAUUUUUGAAAUUUUUAAGUGUAGUUAAAGUUAACAUUUUCAAAUAAGAACCUAUAUUAAAAAUUCUAUAAACAGAUAGAAUAUUACUUUAAAAACAUUUUAAAUUUCCUUUGACCCGUUAACGAGAUAUUUUACUUUUAAGUUUAUGUAAGGGGAGAAUAGUUGAGCACUAAUAAAACGCCACGUGCUGUGCCACCACACAAAUGGUACUCCUCUACUUUACCCCAAAAAUCAGAAUUUGAAUACAUGCAAAAUUUAAUCAAAAAAUGGGAUGGUACGCUCAAUGAGUCACCUUAUAUAUAUAUAUUAUAAUACUCACAUUUGAAAAGUAUUUCAAUAUAUCAGCAACCACAUUUACAUUGCAUAUUGUAUUGGCCAUAAUAAUGACAAAUUCUUCAUUUACAUUGUCAGAUUGUUCAGGAAGUUGUUCAUAUUCUGUGUAGAAUUUUAAAAUCUGUUUUAUAAAUAUAUACAUGUGGGAAUAUAAAGAAUAUGCUGUAUCAAAGCAUUCGCCACUUGUAUCUAUGAAGUUUUCAUUUUUAUUUGUGUAAAAUAAUGAUCCAUCAACAUAGGAUGCCAAUUCACAACAUCUAAUUGCUUUUGAGUGAUCAGUGUUAUUUGCACAUUUUAGCGAUUCAUACAAAAAUUUAAGAAGCAAAUCAUUCUGUUUGGUACUCGAUAUAAAAUCUUCAACAAAUUGAUUCACUGCAUUAUCAACAUACUCUAUAUCAACAUCUACAAUAUUUUGUACAUAAUUUUUAACUACUAAACUACAUCUUUUCACUACUUCGUUGCCGUGUGUAUCCAACAUAUUCUUCAACACGAGCUUCCAAGUUUCACAAAGUUCAUAUUGGUCUCUGCAGUCACCAUUUUGGGUAUUAAUUAACCACUUAUCAAUUAAGCAUUCCAUUGUGUUAAAUAUGAGAUCAAGAUGAGAAUUGACAAACGAAUGGUCACUUAAAUUUUUCUCAAAUAUUUGUCUCAACAUAAUGACUAAUGGAGAAGUGGGAUUUAUUUGCACAGUUUUUAAAAGCACUUUUGUCCACUUCUCGCACACAGUAUUUUCUAUGAAAAAAAAAAAAAAAAAAAUUAAAAAUCUUAUUAAACCCAAGUUUCCACAAGACUACAAAUAAUCACCUUUCAAUUUUAAACAAUUAAUGAGUAUAUCUGAUUUAUUUUCAUCUACAUCAAUAGAUAUAAACUUUUUAAACUCAUCUUGCAGUGGAACUGUCUCUAACCAAUUGCAAAUUACUAUAGGUAAUGUAUUCCCAUUACUAAUAUACUUCAUUAUUUCUUUGAGGACAAUAUUUAAUCCAAACUAAAAUCAAAACAUAAUGCACAAUUUUAAUUUUUCAAUUAUUAAAAAAUAGUUUUAAUUACCAAAUUUAAAUCAUUCAUCAUAAUUAAUCGUUCUUCCUCAUUCUCAAUAACAUCCAACAAUCCAACAAUUACUGAUAUUGUAUUAUAAACAAAUACUUUUUCAUCAUUUAUCCAUGUUUUGAUGUAACUUUUAUACAAUCUAAAUGACGGAGAUGAAGUUUUAUCAUCUAGCACUGGUAAAGUCUGAGAUAAUUUUUUAUCAAUACCAUAAUUCUUGAAUGCUGAUAAUACUUGGCAUACAUGGUUAGCGUACAUAUGUCCUACUUCAGGGCACUUGGUUUUAUUUAAAUAAAACUGUAAAACAAUAUUAACAAAAUUUGCCAAAUCAGUUUUAUAAUCUUCACUAAUGUUUGGUUUUGCCAGGCUAAUAACUUCUUGUGGUUUUUCAAAUGUAACUCUUAAACUUUUUAUUUUUUUUACUUCUGGACUUCUCAAAUGAUUUAACACAAUUAAAUGUACUUGCAGCUGACUUAAUAUAUUAUCAAAAAUGAUUUCUUUAUCAAGUCUAUUUCCAGUUAAUAAUGUAAUUAAAUAGUUCCAAAUAGUACUCUUUAAAUUAUACAACAUGUUGUCAUUGGUCAAUGUUUCAAGAAACUUAGCUAAAUGAGAUAUGACUGGCGGUGUCAUGGUUUUGGCUAAUUUUCCAGUUAGAGUAAACUUCACCAAAUUUAAAACCUAUUGAAAAUGUAUAUUUAUAUUAAUAUCUAAUAAAAACAAGUUUAAAUUAAUAAAAACGAUGUACCUCUAAAAUCACUUUAUUCACGAAUGAUUUAUUUUCACUAUUUUUACUCAAAACAUAAGUAACAAAAUUGAAAAGAGAUUCAACGCCAGCCACAAAAUUAGUACGGUCAAAACGUCCAGACAUUUUUUCUAAUCUAAAAGAUAAAUCAAUAUAAUAAUAAUUAUUCGAAAAUUAUUUUUAAUUAUUACCCUUCUAUAAUUGAAAUUAUACACUUCAAGUGAAAUUCCAUGAUAGUAAUGCUAUUCAUAACUGGACAAUUUUUACAUAAUUCCAAUAAAUUUUCAUAUACAGAUGAAAUGCAUCCUUUUGAACAAGACAAAACUUUCCACAGUUUUGGAAGGAAGACUUUCUCAGCAUUUGAUUGUAACCAAAAAUCUUUCAACUGUAUUAUAAAAAAGUAAUUUAUAAUACAUUAUUUAAUUUAAAAUUAUAUAAUUAUUACUUCAGGUUUUGAUAAAAUAAGUAUAAUGUUUUUCCAAAUCACCAAUGACACAGUGACAUUAAUUUCAUCAACAUUAUCGAAUACAGCAAAACCCACUUUUUUACACUCAUUUUGUAAAAACCUUUGUAAUUUGAACAACAUGGAAUGUAAUAAAGUAUACCAGGCUUGUCGAACCUAUGAAUUUAAGUAUAAUUUUGUAAUAAAAAUUUAAAAAUACAUUUUAUAACAUACACUCGGUGUUAGAUGUUUAUUUAAUUUCCAGUAGGUAGAAUUAGUAAGUAAAGUAGAUUUCAAUUCACUUUCAAUGUUUUCAAUGUGUUCUUCGGGAAGAGAGUUUAAAAAUGUUGCUGUUGCAUACAAACAACUAGUAGCAGUUCUUAUUUGCAUUUCCUUUAGUUCGUCUGAGUCAGCUCUAAAGAUAAUUUUUGCAUAUAUUUUAGGUAGUUCAUAAAUAAGUAAUAAGUAUACAUAAAUAUACAAUUUUUUUAAAUGUCUGUACUUGUUUAUGGAAACUUACUUCAUAUUCAAUAAAGCUGGAUUUGUGAUGUUGUCAAUUAAGUAAUUCAAAAUUUCUUUUUGACAAAAUACAAUUACUUCAAUUCUUUUAUUUAAAGGAAAAGUGUUCUGGAAUUAAAAUAAAGUUCAGGUCAUUAAUUUCCUGAAAUCGUAUUUAUUUUAUGCUAUUUUAAUAAUAAAUGAUGGCGACCCGUCACCAGAAGUAUUGCUUUAUGAUAAUUCCAAGUGACAGGGGUAUUGCCGGUUGAAAAAAAAAAGGUCAUUAAUUUAAUAUUAAAUUUGAUCAAACAUUUUUUUAUAAACCUCAAACAUAGAUGUUGCAACAGAUGCAGUAGGUGGGUGGGUAUCAUACUGAGCCACAAACCAAUGGGCAAAAAAUUUUUUGAGAUAUGGAGCAACAUUUCGUUGUACACGGUUUAAAUAUGAUCGCAUUGCUUUUUGAGCACCUUCACGUAUACGCGGUUCAUUAUCCUUGCAUAAAUUCACAUACUGGGUAAUCCACAGUGGUGACAUAUUUUUAACAUUAUCUUCAUCAUUAGAAUCGCAUAAUGAAGCAAAUUCUUUCAGUGCCUGAAAAACACUUUAAAUUAAAUAAAAAAUCCUACUUUGUUUGACCUAAAUGUAUUCAUACUUUUAGUUUAGUAGUAGAAUCUUUUUUAUUCAUUUUUUUUAAGACCACUUGAAAUUCAGGACUAAUACUGCUAUCAAAUACAUCUGUGAAUGGUAAUUUAAAAUUUUCAUGACUUGUUGAAUACGUUUCAGUGCUGCUCAAUAACAACUGAGCUCUAGCACUACUAGACGGCUGAAAAAUCAUUAGAAUGUUCAUUUCACAUUUGUACUAUAAAAAUGACAUCAACUUACUUUAUAAUUGUUUUUAACUCUCUGGGCAAUUUGUUUUUUCCCCAUUAUAAUGUAUUUACGUUUAAAUAAUCUGUAUACAAGUUAGUUUCGAAAAAUUAACAUCUGUAAUCUUAUUAAGUAUACUAAAUCAAUACCACUAAUACUGAUAGUCUUGAAUUAUACUUGAGAAAUUUAACCUGGACGUAAGAAAAUUAUUCACUAAUUCAAGAAAAUCACAAAUCGUUAUUUUCUAACUCAACACUAUUAAAUAAAA